UUACAAGAUUUGCGAGGUCGGGCUUUGCUCAUCGCCAAGCAGGAAAUGGCAACUUCCGUUGUGAAGGACAUUCGAGAUCGUUCCGAGUCCGAAGAGGAUCGAGCAGGUGUUGUAAUGAUGGAGUUUGUUAAUCAAGUAGACUUGGUUCAUCAGAUUAUUAACUUUGCAACAAAGUUAAUGGAAUUGGGACAUUUCUUUUAUCGGAAGUUUCGGGCUGUGACGCGUAGCUCUAAAGAGAUGUCAGCUAUACUUGGUCAAUUGAAAGAAGACUUGGAAGAGGAGGAGAUUGUGGAAGAUGCGCAAGAAGAUUACUAUUACCUGACCUUUUACCCUGGAAGACAUAUCUUGAAGUUUUAUGACUAUUUCGUUCAAGAUGCGCCAGCGGACAACGAACUCGAGCAAAUUUGCGAAACGCUGAUACAUUUCGUGAAUCCUGAUGCUCAACUGCCAUUACCUGGUGAUAUAGUGAAGGUGGAUUCAGACAAAGGAAACUUCAAGGAAGUACUGUGUGAUAUUGGAAAAAGACUUUCCGCAAUCUUUGAAGAUGAGCCUGUUACCGAAAGAAAGAUUAAGUCUGAUAUCGUAGAACCAGUCGUUUCUGACAUUGUACGAACUGGAGAGCUGUUUGUAGCAGCAUGUAAUGACAAGUUUCGG